AUGGCCGCGCGUCGACGCGCGGCCAAAAAGGGUGUUUCCUUCUGUCUUAUGGUCGUCGGCGCCUCCGGUACAGGAAAGACCACGUUUGUCAACACCUUGUGCGAAUCCGAAGUCAUAGGCCACAAGAUUAGUGACAACCCCGAGACGGCUCACAUUGAAGAGGGCAUCCGCAUCAAACCAGUACAUGUCGAACUCGAGGAGGACGGCAUGCGCAUCGGACUCACCAUCGUAGACACGCCCGGCUUUGGUGACAACAUCGACAACGAAUAUGCCUUCUCCGAGAUCGUUGGCUUCCUCGAGCGACAGUACGAUGACAUUCUUGCAGAGGAAUCGCGAAUCAAGCGUAACCCUCGUUUCCGCGACAACCGUGUCCACGCGCUUCUCUACUUUAUCACACCUACUGGCCACUCGUUGCGCGAGAUCGACAUUGAGCUCAUGCGCCGACUCUCUCCUCGUGUCAACGUCAUCCCCGUCAUUGGCAAGGCCGACUCCAUGACACUCACCGAGAAGCAAGAGUUUAAGAAGCGCAUCAUGGAGGACAUUGAGCACUACGGCAUUCCCGUCUACAACUUCCCUUACGAUGUCGAGGAGGAUGACGAGGAGACGAUCGCCGACAAUUCGGAACUGCGCGGCCUCAUGCCGUUUGCCAUUGUCGGCUCGGAGGAGGACGUGAUCGUCAACGGCGAGCCCAUCCGUGCACGAAAGUAUCCUUGGGGUAUCGUCGAGGUCGACAAUCCUAAGCACUCGGACUUUGCACGACUCCGAUCCGCACUGCUCAACACACAUCUCACCGAUCUCAAGGAGAUCACGCACGACUUCCUCUACGAAAACUACCGUACCGAGAAGCUCUCGAGAACCGUGCACAGCGACUACGCCGACACAUCGAUCCCUGGUGAAGAGCUAGCCAACCAGUCGGUCAGGCUCAAGGAGGAGCAGCUCAAGCGCGAGGAGGACAAGCUCAAGGAGAUCGAGCUUCGUGUUCAGCGCGAGAUCCAGGAGAAGAGGCAAGAGUUGCUCGCAAAGGAAGAGAGCUUGAGGAAUCUCGAGUCGCGUUUGCAGGCUCAGAACAUCAACGAGUAA